CUCAGCGAGCUGGCGACGCGUCAACACGACAAACGGCAGCGUUUUCUGUUCUUUAAAGAACUUUCAAUAGUAUUAGAAAGCUUUUAACUAAGCAAAAAAGCUGCUGUUUAAAUAGUUCAACAGAACGAAUAAGAAAAAGAAAACGAAUAAAAUAAUAAACAACGUUAUUUGAUCUCCUUUGCCUUAUUGUUUAGUUUUAAUAAUUAAAACUAAAGCGUAGCCAAUCUUAAAGUGUUUUCUUUAACAACAACAAAAAGUGCAAUUCUUAAAUCAAUUUGUGUUUUUACUAUGAACGGUAAAUUGUUUGUUUAACUAAAGGCUGAUAACAAAUAUAUAUAAAUAUUAUAAAUAUUAAACAUAUGUAAAUUAAUCAAUGGAAAAAGUGUAUCAAAUUAUUACUUAAAAUAUAACCUAGAAAAAAAAAACGAUUAAAUAUAUUACGGAGUGUAAAAAACAAGAAUCAGAUAUACUGAAGUGUGUGUGUAUAUAUGUAUGUGUGUAUCUGCAUAUAUAGUAUAUAUAACCUAGGUCAAUAUUGUUUUUAGUGGCGUGUGAAUGUGCGCAACAACAAAACGCUAAUAGCAGAGCAGUAACAGCAACAACAACAACAACAACAGCAAUCAUAGUGCUGCGCAGCUACAAAUACACAUACAAAUAAUCAAAAGCAGCAAAGAUUAUAAAUAACACACACAGACAGUUGGGCAUCUGUAUGUGUGAACCUUUAAUACGGAAAUUCGCCGCAGCAACAGAAACAACAACAACAGCAACGAACGCAAAUUAAACUUAAAAAUCUAUAUGAAAAAAUAAUAAUUAAAAAAAAAAAUUAGAAACAAGCAGCAAAUCGUCGCCAAAGCUAAAGCAGCGUCACACACCCCACACACACACACAUGCGAGCACACGACUGGUUCGCUCGCUCUCACGCUCUCGCUCACACAACGAUUAAGAACAGUCAACUUUUGGCUGCGUCAACUGCGCUGCUGCUCUGCUCAGCUCGGCUCAGUUCAGUUGCCUGCUGCGGCUGCUGCUCAAUUCUUAUAGAAUUUUAAUAUCAAACAGCGACGAUCGUUGCGUUCGCUCAGUCAGCGCCGUUGCCUCGCGUAACAUAGUUCUGAUUCUAACGGGCGCGCACACAUGCACACACACACGUACGCUCAAAGCAGAAUUUGGUAAUUUGGUCGAGCGACAAGUGCAGGCUUGUUAUUCGCCUUCAAAGCACAAGCAAAAGAGUGAGUGAGAGACACAGAAGGAGAGAGAGAGAGAGAGAGAGACGUUUCACGGCGAUUAUACCUCGCCUCGAGUGCGCAACAGUGAAAAAGUUCUACAAAACACUUGCCGCCCGUCGAUUCGCGCGACAACAAGUGUUUUAGCCAAAUAAAAAAAUAUAAAUUGCAAAUUCAAAAUAACAGUACAAUCCUCGUGCAUAUAUAAUUCGAAAGGAAAUUAUCUCCAAUCAAGCGAGAAUUUGGAUUUGCCUUUUGGGAAUACAGCAAGGAAUAUUUUAUCAAUUUAUAUUGUGGACUUUCAUUUAAUUUUAUGAUUCAUCCACAACCAACAUGGUCUAUUAUCCCGCUAAUCAGCUGCUCAUAAAGACGGAGCAACCCAGUCAGACGCAAUUCUGUCUGCAGACGCCGCUCACCGCGACAGGUGGUGGAGGCAUUGGUGUGGCGCCACCUGGCGGCCAGCAUGAGCACUAUGAGCUAUUGCAGACGCCACAGCAGCGACAAUUGCAGCAGCAACAACAGCAACAGCAGCAGCAACAGCAACAGCUUGCCAGCUAUCAAUUGGUGCUGCAACAACAACAGCAACAACAUGAAAGUAUUACAACAACAACAGCUGCAGAUGCAACAACAACACAGCAACUGCAUCGCGUCAAAACAGAAUUGCCAGCAGUCUAUGGAGCAACUACCACAACAGCAAGCGUUGCUGCUUCGGCUGCAGCAACAAAAGCAACAAUUGCCACGCCCCGCAAACCGAACGCCAACAAGCCGCAAUUCAAGUGCGAACAGUGCGGCAUGACCUUUGGCAGCAAAUCCGCCCACACGUCCCACACGAAGUCGCAUGCGAAAAACGCUGAUCUUGCCAUGGGCCUCAAUUCGGGCGUGGGCAACAGCAGUACGAGUUCCAGUUCCAGUUCCAGUUCCGCGGGCACAACGCCGCCCAUCGAACUGAACGAGGCCGGCCUGCCGCUGGGCAUACCAAAGAGUCCCACCAUCAAGCCGCUGCCCAACGUUGCCGCCGGCGCCGAUCCCUAUCAGUGCAAUGUGUGCCAAAAGACGUUUGCGGUGCCAGCUCGAUUGAUUCGCCACUAUAGAACGCACACGGGCGAGCGUCCGUUCGAGUGCGAGUUCUGCCACAAGCUGUUCAGUGUGAAGGAGAAUCUGCAGGUGCAUCGGCGCAUCCACACGAAGGAGCGGCCGUACAAGUGCGAGGUGUGCGAGCGGGCGUUCGAGCACUCCGGCAAGCUGCAUCGCCACAUGCGCAUCCAUACGGGCGAACGGCCGCACAAGUGUUCCGUGUGCGAGAAGACGUUCAUUCAGUCCGGCCAGCUGGUCAUCCACAUGCGCACGCACACCGGCGAGAAGCCGUACAAGUGCCCGGAGCCGGGCUGCGGCAAGGGAUUCACCUGCUCCAAGCAGCUGAAGGUGCACUCGCGCACCCACACGGGCGAGAAGCCCUACCACUGUGACAUCUGCUUCCGGGACUUUGGCUACAACCAUGUGCUCAAGCUGCAUCGCGUCCAGCACUAUGGGGCCAAGUGCUACAAAUGCACCAUUUGCGACGAGACCUUCAAGAACAAGAAGGAGAUGGAGGCGCACAUCAAGGGCCACGCCAACGAGCUGCCCGAGGAUGAGGUUGAGGCGGCUGCGGCAGCGGCAGCAGCAGCAGCGGCUUCACCUGCUGCAGCAUCAACGUCAGUUGCCAGCGGCUCGCCAUCGUCCAUAGCCAGCAAUUCCGAGUGCAGCAACAAUUCGCCGCCCAGCUCGCCGCCGGCAGUCAAGAAGCCACGUCAGUCACGUGGCGGCGCUAAGUCCAUUGCAGUGGCAGCAGCAGCUGCUGCGCCGCUCUCGCCCAGCUCCGUCUCGUCCACCUACUCGCCGGUCAGCAGUCAGGCCUCCACGCCGCCUCAGUAUAUGGCCACAACGGAUGCACUGAGUCGGGACAGCGGCGUAGCCAGCGCGCAGCUGCUGCCCAGCUAUGCGGAGGAGGAUUUGCCUACGGACUUGAGCAUGCAACAGUCGACGGCAGCAGCAGCAGCAGGAGCAGCGCAGCAGCCACAAAUGAUCUACUAUCAGCCGCAGCCGACGUCCAGCUUAGUCGAGCUGCAGCCAACAGCAGCAGGAGCAGGAGCAGGAGCAGGAGCAGGAGCAGCAGCAGCAGCUGCUGGGCUGACUAUCAAUCCAGCACUGCUCGAAGCGGCGAGCAUAGCGAGACGCGAUCACGAUGAGGUCAUUGACAAUGAUGAGGAUGUGCAGCAGGCUGCCUGGCAAAUGAUGCAGCUGCGACGUGGACAUGCGGCCACAGCACAGCCACAGUCGCAGUCGCAGUCGCAGUCGCAGCCCCAGCACCAGCCAUCAGUUGCAUCGCAACCCACUUUACUAGUCAGCGAUCUGGCGGCCAACUAUGAUGACACGCACGAGGCGAAUGUGCUGAUCGAGCACUUCAAGCGCGGCGAUUUGGUGAAUCAUGGACUUCACAAGGGCUAUGUGCCAGUGCCGCUCUAUGAAUCCUCCCUGCCCAAUCCGGAUAUAGUGCGUCGCGUUGAGGCGGCCAUUGGACUGCGCUCGAGCACAGAGUCGCCGGAGCGCAGCUCCUCGCCCGAAAGCGAUUCCCUAAUGAUGGCCGAUCGCAAUGUGAUGACGCUGCCGCUGCGCAAGCGCAAGCAUUACAUGAAUGAGGGCGAGGCCAGCAAUGGGGGCGGCAGCUGUUCCAACAGUGCUGCCGCAGCAGCUGCAGCAGCAGGAGGCGCGGGCGGAGCUGGAGCUGGCAACGAAUCGGCAGGAUCAGCGGCGAGUGGUGCUGAUGGUGGCACUGGCAACUCCGCUGGCUCCAAGGUGAUGCGCAUGAGCUCCGUCAUCCAGUUUGCCAAGGCCUCGUAGUGGGCGUGGCAGCGGCUAUCAAUCAGCAUAAAGACUGUUCAACAAAUUCUAACUGAAAUUAGUUUUACUUUAAAAUAAUAUGCAUGCACGCACGCUUUGCAUAGUUUAACUUUUUUUUUUAAUUAGCAGCGAGAAAUGCCAAAAGUAUUAUACAAAAGAAGACGAGUACGAAAGAAAUAUGUUUUUAAACUAAACUAAGAGAAAAGAACGAAAAAAUGAUAUCCUAUUACGUUUACAUUGUAUCCAUUUUAACUGUGUGUAUUUUGUUAAUUAUUUGCUUUUUGUUUCUCUCUGAAAUUUAUGUUUUUCUAUUUAAGUCAACAAUUGCAGCAAUUGGCAUUGCAUUUCUUUUUCUACAAAUCAAAUGAGAAACAAUGAAAUUCAACCAUAAACAAUAGAGAUAAGUGAAGAAAAGGAAAAAGAAAAACAAUAAUACGUUACGUUCAUAAUUGAAUACAAUUAAUUAUUUAUGCUAAUUAAGGCCAUAUUGGCAGGAAUGCAGAAGCAACAGCAGCGAAAGCAAAAGCAACAGCAACUAAAUACAAUUAAUUUACAUACAUACAUACAAUACAUAUAAAUAAUUCUAAACAUACAUAUUUAUAAAUGCAAUUAUAUGAUUAUGUAACUAAUGCGCGCCCAUCAAAAUCACUUUAUAUUAUGAUUAAGUACAUCAUCCAAACAAGCAAACAAAAUUUAAAUCAAUUUGAUAUGCAUUUUAUAUUUUAUAUACAAACAAAGAGAAAACAAAACAAAAUUACAAAAAAAAAAGAAGAAAUAUUUGAAACAUCAAAAUUCACUUUAAAUGUAAAUCACAAAAAUUCAAUACACUUUUUUACUAUACGGAGAAUAUUGAACUGAUAAGCAAAGAGCAAGCAAGCAUAAUUAAGUUAAAAUUUAACACAACAAUAUAUUAAAUAAACAAAACAAAAACAACAAACAAAGAAAAAAAACAAGAAAAGUCGAUGUAAAAACGCAUAUUAAGUGUGCGCCAUAAAUAAUUUUUUGUAAACGCUAAGUAAUAUACAUAUAGAUAUAAAUUGUAGCAUGAAAUAUUACAAGCGCAAGCAAAAUAAUAAUAAAAAAUAAAUUGCGUAAAAAAUAA